AUGGGUCUGUGCGGUUCGAAAGAGGAGAGUGCGGGGAAUGCCGGGACUGGCGGCGGCGGUGUCAGGCGGACCGGGGCUCCGCAGAAGGAGACGAAGGAGAAGGUGAAGGGGACGGGGCAGACCGGGGAGAAGCGUGUUGAGGACGCCGGUGCAGUCGCCGCGGCGACUGCACCGGCGUCCUCGCAGAACCCGCUGGACAACACCUCCGACGAGGAGAUGAAAGUGCUGUUGCUAGGUGCUGGGGAGUCUGGUAAAUCGACCGUCUUGCAACAGCUUAAAAUCUUACACCAAAACGGGUUCUCGGAUAAAGAGUUGCGCGACUUUGUGCCUCUCAUCCACAGCAAUCUUGUAGAUGUUGGUCGUGAACUGAUAGUCGCGAGGAAGAAGUUUGAUGUGGAACCGGAUAACGGGCUCACGGAACAAGAGAUGGACGAUUUGUUCGAUUUUAACUUCAAUUUGGAUCAGAAAUUGAAACCAGAUGGGUCGAUAGAGUCCCUGCCGAACUCAAAAUUGGGGCAAUUCCCAGAACAGUUUACAGCAACCCUGGCGAAACUGUGGGGGUCUUCCGAGACACAACGUUUACUCCAGGGGCCACAAUCGUCGCAAUUCUAUAUCAUGGAUUCAGCUCCCUAUUUCCUUGAGAAGACAAACUUAGCACGGAUCACAGCUAAUGGGUAUAAACCAACACAACAGGACGUACUGCGGUCAAGGCAGAAGACCUCGGGGAUCUUCGAUACACAUAUUAACAUGGGGUCUAACUUAAAGUUACAUUUCUUCGAUGUAGGUGGACAACGGUCAGAGAGGAAGAAAUGGAUCCACUGCUUCGAUAACGUAGCGUUGAUCAUUUUUUGUGUCUCCCUGUCAGAGUACGACCAAUUCCUAGUAGAGGAUUCAGAACAGAAUAGGUUCCAAGAAUCUCUUGUACUGUUCGAUAACAUCGUCAACUCACGUUGGUUCUCAAGGACUUCAGUGGUACUUUUCCUCAACAAGAUCGAUCUUUUCGCAGAGAAACUGAAACGUAAACCACUGGAGGACUACUUCCCAGACUACAACGGCGGGAACAAUAUAAACAAGGCCACAAAGUACAUCCUGUGGAGGUUCGUACAACUCAAUAGGGCAAACUUGAACAUAUACCCACACGUAACGCAGGCCACGGACACAUCAAACAUUAAACUGGUCUUUGCAGCGAUCAAGGAAUCCAUCCUGGAGAACUCCUUGAAGGACACGGGCGUGCUCUGA